CCAGAAGGCUGUACACAUUCUCAGACAUCUCAGUCAGAGAAAGAGUGAAGCCACUAGCGCCAGACUGCACCGUUGCUGUUCUCUCAACAUGCAAGAUCCGGGGCAUGUCCCAAAUCCUCUGCGUCCAUACUAUGUCCCUCCCUCGAUAGGGACCGAGCCAAUUUCCAACACCACCACAAGCGCCUCGAAACCGUCUUCCUCAAGCUUCUCCUUUCCUGAUAUUGACUACUCGGACUAUAUAACCGAUGGUUCGCCUUCGAUACCAGCCUCAAUCAAGUCAGUGGUCGAUCAGGCGUUUUGGAAAUACACGAAUGUCCUGCUAGCACAACCAUUCGAGGUAGCAAAGUUGAUCCUACAAGCCCGGGUUGCUCAGGACGAAGAGGAGGAGGCACCAAAGACACCCCAUCCCGAGGGCGAGGAUGGUUACGCAGAUAGUUAUGAGAACGAGAAUUCUGAUGAUGACGAACCGAACUAUUUUACAUCCGCCGCUCCCUUCGAGAAGCCUACUACCAGCCAUUCGCCGCCACGAGGUCGUCGCGGACGCCCACCACGAGAUGAUGGAGUACCUCGACACUCCGCAAAGCCGCAAAAGGAUGAUGGCCGACUACAUCUGAAAAAUCCUCACUCUCUGCUUGAAGCCCUAUCUGCCUUGUCGUCAAGCGGUGGAGCGCUGGCGAUGUGGCGCUCUACGAACUCAACCUUUGUGUACAACAUCCUGAAUAAGACACUGGAGACUUUCCUGAGGAGCUUCCUCGCAGCGGUUCUUGGGCUAGCAGAGACCGACAUACUCGCUUCCGCAGGAACUGGAGCUAUCCCAGACGCUUCCAUUCUUAAUUCAACCACACCGGCCGCCACGAUACUUAUCGCGACCGCGGCCGCCGCAAUAUCUUCCCUCGUUCUUGCCCCGAUUGAUGCCGCGAGAACUCGACUCAUCUUGACACCCUCCAGCCAAGAGCCACGCACACUUCUGGGGACAUUAAGGACCUUGCCGACCGCCUACCUCAUACCCAGUCACCUCAUUCCAAUUACCUUCCUUACCUCGACGAUACCAACCUUGAUCUCAACGAGUACUCCUGUACUUCUCAAGACCUACCUUGGACUAGAUCCAGCAAUGAAUCCUGCAAAAUGGAGUCUCGCGACAUUUGCAGGCUCUGCAUUGGACCUUUCGGUCAAAUUCCCUCUUGAAACAGUCCUUCGGCGCGCACAGAUUGCGACCUGGACAUCUCCUGCAUACUCGCCUCCUGCAUCGUCGUCUAAGCGCAAAGCAGUCACGACGAUUGUCCCCGUACCUCAAUCCUAUAGAGGUAUCCUCCCGACGAUUUGGAGCAUCACUCGGGAAGAAGGGUACUCGGAGUCACAGAAAGACAGGACUGCCGCGCUGAUGGGCAAAGCACCUAGGCGGAAGCGUAAAGGACAAGGCAUCGAAGGGCUAUAUCGUGGCUGGAGGGUUGGCUUUUGGGGACUUGUUGGAGUCUGGGGCACAUCUUUUGUCGGUGGGCUACAGAAUGGUGGCGAGGCAAGUGCGGCCAGUACAGGCAUUCACGGAGGUAAAUUUUGAAGGUUGUGUGAAGAUAGCAGGGCGUUCAAAGGUUGCUCGAAUGUGAUACCCGGUCUCUUCUCAUGGAACAAGAGCUUUGUCGAAACGCUGUGAUAUAAGCUCACUCCCAUUUCAAUGGCCUCUUCUUUCUUUCACCAUUUGCAUGCGUGAUACUUGAAACUUGGGCGACGAAGACAUGCUUAGGUACUCGGACUACCUAAAGUGGCCUGAUUCCGAAAAGCUGCGGAAAUUUCCGGCGAGUUGGAGCCCCUCUUGCCAAGCCCGAUAAUCGGCCGC